UACCCCAUCUUUCCCUGGCAGCGGGAGCAGUGAGCCAUGGAGCUGUAUUUUGGUGAAUAUCAACACGUGCAGCAGGAAUAUGGCGUCCAUCUGAGACUCGCAAGUGAUGAAACCAAAAAAUCAAGGAACUCCCAGCACCCUAAGGCCGGCUCCUAUGGUGUCAGUAUUCGGGUACAAGGAAUUGAUGGCCACCCCUACAUAGUCCUGAAUAACUCGGAGCACUGUCUGCCGGGCACAUCUUUUUCUGAAAAUGGGCCAUCGUUUCCUGCUCCAAUGAUAAAUAACCUGCCCAUGCAUCCCAACAACGGGGCAGUGCUAGAGGAGAACAGUUCAGAAGAACUGCAGCUUCCAGAAAACCCAUAUGCCCAGCCCAGCUCAGUAAGAAACCUGAAGCAACCCUCUCUCUUUGAGGGCAAGAAUGGAGUUCUAGAAUGCAAAGAGGGACCAGUGAAGCCAUCCCAUGUGCUGAACUCUCAGAGGCAUCCAGAGCUUUUGCAGCCCUACAACCCUGAAAAGAAUGAGUUGAACUUACAAAAUCACCAGCUUCCUGAGAGUAAUUGGCUGAAAACCUUAACAGAAGAAAGUACCAACAAUAAGAAGGUUUGGACUUGCUUUCCCAAGCCCAGUAGUUCUCAGCCUACCAGCUGUCCCGUGGGAGACCUGGCCAAAUGCAACGUGACAGCCAUUCGCUUAUGCAGCUCCGUGGUCAUAGAUGACCCCAAGAAGCAGACCUCAGUGUGUGUGAAUGUCCAGAGCUGCGCCAAGGAGGGGCUAGCAGAGGAGGCCCUCUCCCCUAGUGGGAGGCCCGUAACAGCCUACAGCCCACACACCCAUCCUGAAACCAAGAAAACCAGGCCGGAUGUGCUUCCCUUCCGGCGACAAGAUUCAGCCGGUGCUGUCCUGGACGGAGCUCGGUCUCGGAGAUCCUCUUCCUCGUCCACAACGCCCACUUCGGCCAAUUCCUUGUAUAGAUUUUUGCUUGAUGAUCAAGAAUGUGCCAUCCAUGCAGACAAUGUGAAUCGUCAUGAAAACAGAAGAUAUAUCCCCUUUUUGCCAGGUACUGGGCGGGAUAUUGAUACGGGAUCAAUUCCUGGCGUUGAUCAGUUAAUUGAAAAAUUUGACCAAAAGCCUGGGCUGCAGAGGCGAGGAAGAUCUGGGAGGCGAAACAGAAUCAAUCCAGAAGACAGGAAGAGGUCUAGAAGCGUGGAUAGUGCCUUUCCUUUCGGUCUCCAAGGGAACUCGGAGUACCUAAACGAAUUUAGCAGGAACUUGGGCAAGUCCACCGAGCACCUCCUGCGCCCGUCACAGGUGUGUCCGCAGAGGCCGCUGGCCCAGGAGCACCGUGGGAAACAGAGUACCAGCCGUGCCUCCGCCAAGCUGCCGGGAGCCUACCCCAGGCCUCCCCAGCAGAGCAAAGAUGGGAAAGGUCCAGAAAGCAAAGGUGGUCAGGAAAGUAUGAGUGUGCGUGCAUCCUGCCUCCCAGCACAGAAUAAAAAGGAGGAGGAAAUCAAAACAGCCACUGCUACGCUGAUGUUACAGAAUCGGGGGCUAGCAACUUCAGACUCAGGUGCCAAGAAGAUUUCUGUGAAGACAUUCACUUCCACCUCAAAUACUCAGGCCACACCGGAUCUGUUAAAAGGCCAGCAAGAGCUCACUCAACAAACCAAUGAGGAGACAGCCAAGCAGAUACUUUACAAUUACCUCAAAGAAGGAAGCACCGAUAAUGAUGAUGCUACUAAAAGGAAAGUUAACUUGGUCUUUGAGAAAAUUCAGACUUUAAAGUCUCGAGCAGCAGGGAGCACGCAAGGAAAUAAUCAAGCUUCUAAUUCUUCACCUGAAGUCAAAGAUCUGUUGGAACAGAAAAACAAAUUGACUACAGAAGUAGCUGAACUUCAGAGACAGCUUCAACUAGAAGUCAAGAAUCAACAGAAUAUCAAAGAAGAGAGAGAGAGAAUGAAAACAAACUUAGAAGGGCUGCAGAGCCAACAUGACAGGAAGGUGGAAGAGAACUCCAUGCUGCAGCAGCGACUGGAAGAAAGUGAAGGGGAGCUCCGGAAAAACCUGGAGGAGCUGUUCCAGGUGAAGAUGGAACGGGAACAGCACCAGACUGAGAUCAGAGAUCUCCAGGACCAGCUCUCAGAAAUGCAUGAUGAAUUGGACAGUGCUAAACGAUCUGAGGACAGGGAGAAGGGGGCUCUGAUUGAGGAACUCUUACAGGCAAAACAGGACCUUCAGGAUCUGUUGAUUGCCAAAGAAGAGCAGGAAGACCUCUUAAGGAAGCGGGAGCGUGAACUCACCGCCCUGAAGGGAGCCCUGAAAGAAGAGGUUUCCAGUCAUGACCAGGAGAUGGAGAAGCUGAAGGAGCAGUAUGAUGCCGAGCUGCUGGCCCUGAAGGAGAGUGUGGAGGAAGCAACCAAGAAUGUCGAGGUCCUGGCCAGUCGGAACAACACUUCCGAGCAAACCCAGAUGGGGGCUGAAAUGCACAUGAAGGCUCUGCAGGAGGAGAAUGAGAAGCUGCAGAGGACCCUUGGAGCACUGGAGCAGAGCGUCGCUCGGCUGCAGAGGCAGGUUGCUGACACGAAAGGCGAUGAAGCCAAAGCAAAGGAAACCCUCAAGAAGUAUGAGGAGGAAACUCGGCAAUUGGAGGAGGCCCUUGUACGUGCAAAGAAGGAAGAAAAAGAAGCCACGUCAGCCAGAAGGGCCCUGGAGAGUGAGCUGGAAGAUGCUCAGAGAAAUCUGAGUCGGGCCACCCAGGAACAGAAGCAGUUGACUGAGAAGCUAAAAGAUGAGACCGAGCAGAAGGAGCAGUUAAGGAGACUGAAGAACGAAAUGGAGAAUGAGCGAUGGCACCUUGACAAGACCAUUGAGAAACUGCAGAAGGAGAUGGCUGACAUUGUCGAGGUGUCCCGCACAUCAACACUGGAACUCCAGAACCAGCUGGAUGAGUACAAGGAGAAAAAUCGCAGGGAGCUUGCAGAGAUGCAAAGGCAGUUGAAGGAGAAAACGUUAGAGGCAGAGAAGUCUCGUCUGACUGCCACGAAAAUGCAGGAGGAGAUGCGCCUGAUGGAGGAAGAAAUUCGGGACUACCAGAGAGCACAGGAUGAAGCCCUCACAAAGAGGCAGCUUCUGGAGCAGACGCUGAAGGACCUGGAAUACGAGCUGGAGGCCAAGAGUCAUCUCAAAGACGACCGCAGCAGAGUCGUCAAGCAGAUGGAGGACAAGGUGUCUCAGCUGGAGAUGGAGCUGGAAGAAGAAAGAAACAACUCGGAUUUGCUGUCUGAGCGUAUCACUCGGAGCAGGGAACAGAUGGAGCAGAUGAGGAGUGAGCUACUUCAGGAGAGAGCUCUGAGGCAAGACUUGGAGUGUGACAAGAUUUCCCUGGAAAGACAGAACAAGGACCUAAAGAGCCGGAUUAUCCACCUGGAAGGUUCCUACAGGUCCAGCAAAGAGGGGCUGGUGGUGCAGAUGGAGGCCAGGAUUAUGGAGCUGGAGGACCGUCUGGAGAGUGAGGAGAGGGACCGGGCCAGCCUCCAACUCAGCAACCGACGGCUGGAGCGGAAGGUGAAGGAGCUGGUGAUGCAGGUGGACGACGAGCACCUGUCGCUGACUGACCAGAAAGACCAGCUGAGCUUACGCUUGAAAGCAAUGAAGCGACAGGUGGAGGAGGCUGAGGAGGAAAUCGACAGACUGGAAAGCUCUAAGAAGAAGCUGCAGCGGGAGCUGGAGGAGCAGAUGGACGUGAAUGAGCAGCUGCAGGGACAGCUCAACUCCAUGAAGAAGGACUUAAGACUGAAGAAGCUGCCCAGUAAAGUGCUGGAUGACAUGGAUGACGACGACGACCUCAGCACCGAUGGGGGCAGCCUGUACGAGGCGCCGCUGAGCUACACCUUUCCCAAGGACGCCGCCAGCCAGAUCUGAGCCCACUCCCGAGGCUGUGGAGGUGGCCUGUCAUCCUUCACAGGGACCCAACGCCACCUGCAGCAGGACGCAGGAAAAGCAGCGCCCACCUGGAGCCGAGACCCGUCGCCGUCCCUUCUUCACAUAACCAGCCGAUGCCUUCACGCUCCCUCCUUCCUCCGAUCUCUGAAUGGGAGCACCGCUCUCGUAUCCUAGACAGGGAGUUACUGCGGUUUAAAUGUUGAGACGCCUGAGGCCUGGGAGCCACCACUCAUUGGGGUGUUUUGGAAAAUAAUUUGGCAGGCUGAGUCCUUUCUGCACAGCUGUCUGCCAGACCAUUUGUAUUGCUGCUGCUGCUCCCACCACCCUCCCCGUCAGGAAGAAAGGUCCAACAUGCUAGUUCGCGUUUAACAGCCACUGUGCAGGGGGCCAGGGAUGUAUACAGGCUGUACAUAGGUUAAACCAGACCUUUUCAUGGCUGCUGCUGUUCCAUUUUGGAAUGUUACAAAGGCUGCCUAGGGUGGUUUGUUUGUCAAGUUCACACAUCUACAUAGAGCAUUAUUUUUUAAAACAUGAUACUCCUAGAUUUUAAAUAUUAAGGAGCGGAAGCAAGAGAGGGAAAGGAGAAUAAUGAUCACUUUGGACAUCAGAGUUGGAAAAAAGGAAUUGUCAUGGUGAUAAAGGGACAGUUAACCCUGAGACAAGAAAUUCAAGUGGUCUUGGUAAGCAGCUUGCUGGUGGAAACAGAGUCAAAAGGCCACUUUGUAUCUGUGGCCUUGGUUGCUUAUUUUAUCUAGAAUUUUGUUCUAACUUUUGAACCGUACUGAGACCAAUUUUCAGUCACCAAUUGCAAUUUCUUUUACACAGGGGUUGGGGAGACUUGUAGUACGGUUUUUGACAAAUGGUGUGGUUUCUGGAAGGACGUGGCCCUCCUAUCAUUUCUGAUUGGUUCUUUCCUCCCACAGCGGGCCUCUGGACUGGGCUCUUCUGGCCCCAGGAUAGGGUGGCUCCUGGGUGAGGAAUAGCAGGGUAUGGGGACAAGGCUCAUGGACGUAGGGGUGUAGAAGAGGCAGGAAGUGUCCAGUCAGGUCGGUGGGAAAGGGAGAAGGAAGAAGAAAUAAGCAGGUGUGUGUGGGGGUGUGGCAAGAAAGAGGAAGAAGGUCUUGAAAGCUGGGGGGGAUGUGUAGACAAGAGGUGGAUUGAGCAGGAUCUCAGGUUUAUUUCAGGAAAAGGAAGCAAGAAACGGAAGUCAGACAGAGGUAUGUCUGUGCAAACUGGAAGGCUCCUUCCGACUCCUGGGACAGAGGGACAUCGGCAGCACCAGGCAAAAAGUAACUGGGAUUGGGUGAUAUCUGAGGCAGGGUCACGUCGCAGGGACAGAAUUCCAGGGAACAUGGCAUUGGGAGGAUGCGGGGUAUCCUGGCACUGCCUCCUGGCCUUCUUGGUGUCCCCUCCCACUGUGACAGUCCUCAGGCAUGCCCAGAGGCCAGGUCCAAUCACAGCGGGGCUCCCAUAGGUCAGGGCCAGGUAGAGACCCCUGUGAGUUUUCAACUUGUGUGGGGCAGAGAUGACAGUGUUAGCUGCUUCAGUAGUGUUCCCAAGCAUCCUAAUAGAUGGGAUGGGAUGUGGACCUGAGAACUCCGUGACGGUUGCCAUGGAGGAUCACAGAAUCUCAGUGCCCUACCUCCCCCAGAUCACAGAGCCCACAAAACAGGAUUCAGAGUGUGAGCCUGGUUUAACGGCAAGUCCCCUGGAGUGGGAGAGCCAACCCCUCCUCCACCUCUGCAGGUGGAGUGGUUCAUGCCUCGGCUUACUUAUUUGAGCUGUGGAAAGAUUCCUCCCUUUAGCCAUCCAUUCAUUUUGCAAACAUUUAUUGGGCAUCUACGUUGUGUCAGACAUGGUCCCUGGCAGUGGGAAUACAGCAGUGAAUGAAGUGGAUCAAAGUCUUUCCCCUCCUGGAGCACAGCCAGGGGCAAGUGGGUGUUAGGUAACAGCCAUACAAAUGGACACAGUGGCUGAGCUGAGCCCCUCCGUACCCAGUCCCGGAGCCCCUCUGUCUUCGUGGGGAUGCAGCAAUCAUGUGGUUGGUUGACUGGCUCACCGGAACUUCCACGAUUUCUUUGACCCUCAAAAUGUUUUUGAUCUCCCUGCUGCUUCCACCAUCAUUAAAUAUUUGCCAAGAAGCCUGCAUAAUUAUGCCCCAGCCCACUCAUAACUACAGCUGGGAGACGAGAAAGGUCUUAGGCCCAAGAACUUGGAGAGUGAGUGAGUGUGUUUGUUCGUGAGAAAGUCCCAGUUUCGUUCUGGCCAGUUCCCUCUGGCACCUUGAGGCUGGCUGCAGGAAGCAAAGCUGCCCGUGAAAAAAGAACGAAAUCACCACUCAGAAGAGUUGGAUCCUUACCCUAAAAAUGGGCUGUUUUUAAAUGUCAUCCUACGUGGUACUAGAGCUGGCAGUGAGCUAGAUGCAUGCAGUAUAGCUUUGGAGUGGGAAGAACACUGGACUGGGAGUUGAAAGAGAGAUUUUCAAAUCUUGGUUCAUCUUAUCCCGGUGACUUUGACGGGGCACAUGCUGUCAGAGCCACAGAUUGCCCAGAAUAAAUGACCAGGGCCCAAGGUCCUUUUCAGCUCUGACAUGUUCUCAUUAUUUGAUUUUAUUAUAUACACAUAUUUUUUUUCUGUUUGUUGCUUUAAGAACUAACCCUACUCAAGAAUAUUUUCUUUAGCUAGCUUAAAAAGAAAAAAAAAUUAUUUAAUAAACAGAUAUGUGGCCAAAUGCAAUGCUGAGAAGACAAUCAUCAUAUAUCUUUAUAAUUUUUUCCCUGUUUUCAAGUAUCAUUUGACAAUGCCAAUAGGCUUAUUCUGUUGGGUUUCUGCUUUCGGGUAUGAUUUGAUUGCUUUGGUUUGUCAUGGGGAAGAGACGUUCUUAUGCAGCUACCUCCAUGUAAGUGAACUCCUGGGUAAAGCAAGAUUGCCUUUCAAUAAACAGUGUCACCCAACAUGAA